AUGAAACCUUCAGAUAAUAGCAUGCAACGAAUCCUACGGGUAACGAGUGAUGACAUAAUUAGCAAAUCUGUUUCCAAAAAGAUGAAGAGAUCAACUAGAGGGUGCUGUAGUUGUAAAAAGAGAAAGGUAAAAUGUGAUGAAGGUAAGCCAAAAUGCAAGAACUGUAAUAGAAUUAAGUUAGACUGUCAAUGGCCAGAAGCUACUAACCACGGCUAUAAAAAGGUUGUCUAUAUUAAAAGUGCUCUAAUUAAUAAGAAAGAGGACAAUAAUAAUGCUGAAACUUGGCCGGCUAUACUGUGCGAUAGCAGUGUAUCUCCCACCUCGUAUGCAUUUUCGCCGCCUUCCAUUUUUCCACCAGAGCAAUACAGACUUUGGUUGCCUGGCGUUGACCUCUCACGCCAAGAUGCUUAUUUUUAUUUUUCUUUUAUAGAUAGGUUUUUACCUACCAUCGCACAUCCAUUUGUAAGAGAAAAAGUUUCUACUACACGGCUUUUGCUCCGACAUGCAGCUGAGUUCCCUAUCUUAAGAGAGAUUUAUUUUGCCUGCGGGGUCUCGAUUCUCGCAUUCGACUUUCCAUCAUACAAAGAAAUAGCUACCACCAGAUACUCAAAGGCAUUAGCAUUACUCUUCAAUGUCAUGAAAGGUUCUUCUGUUGAUAUGCGAGAAGAUUGGUUAUUAAAUGCUGUGCAGAUGUUGCAAAUACUAUGUUUGAGGGAUAAUUUUACAAAGUCUGGUAGUAUUCAUGGCCUACAACACUUCAGGGUCGCUUAUAAAAUCAUAGCAAAACGACUCCAAUCAUACAGCAAUGAGCUAGAUAAGUUUCAUAGUUCUUUGGUACUAGUCGAGUAUGAGAAAGCUGAAAUAUCCUCUAGGUUUUGGAAAACAUUUUCACCCUUUAACAGAGUGUUAGUAGAGAACUUGGUAUUUAACUAUUCUGUUGUUAUUUUAUUUUGUGAGCAUAAGGAUUUAGAGACCAUAGUUCCAAAUCCAUUCAAGGCAACUGCUCUCUUUAGCUUUUAUUCAACGGUAGACAGUUCUAUGAAAGAUAAUUGGUUUAAUAUAAAUGUAUUCGGUCCAACAACAGAGGCUUUUGAAAUUGCUGCAAAAUGCACGUGGCUGUGUCGUCGAGGACUACCUUUGGAUGCUGACAAUAUCGAAAUCCAUAGGAAGCUACUUGCCAACGCUGAAAUGAAUCUCAGUAUUGCAGAAUCAACAGAAGAUAAUAGCCUGAAUAUAACGACACAUAAAAAUAUGACUAUUGCAAAAAUCAUGUUACGAGGAUCGAUCAUAUUAUUGAGAAAAAUGCUAAAUUUAGAAACGGUGUGUGCCUCAGAUUUUCAGCCGGAGGUUAAUAAUAUGAUUAAAGACAUAGCAAAUCCAUAUAAUGACGAUAUUAUUUUCCCUGUUUGGUCCUUAGUAGUAGGAUCAUUUGCUUCCAAAUUACCAAUUCAAUGGAAGUUUUUUAGGUCCAAAUUAGUCGAUCUUCUCCAUCGCAGUAGCUCUUAUACCAUACAGUAUGUAUUAAACUACCUAGACGGAAUUUGGGAACUCUAUGAAGAUGAAGGACCCUUUGAACUUUUAUUUAAAACUACUAUAUUAGAUCGAACAUGUAUAUAA